AUGCCAUGGAGAGCGCAGUCGACACAGCCCAUCUCGUCAUUCUCCCGUCCAGCUUCGGCCAGGCUGUCUGUGUCCGCGCUUCUAGGUCCUUCCAAACCCUCGACCAAGUCUCCGUCCCAUUCAGACAAGGCUGGAAUGUCGGACCCCGACGCGCGCCCCCGCACAAGAUCCACACAGGACCUUGGCAGGCGCCGCGUAGAAGCAAAGUUGUCCGUCUCGACUAUUGCGAGCUUACCGCCAUCGGGUCCCAUCUCCCUCUCGCUGGCCAAACCAGCUACCACGCCCCCCACGACGUCUACCCAACCCGCCAAGCCGUUGAUCACAUCCUUGAACCCAGAGGCUGGUCCUUCGCAACCUCUGUUGCCACCAGGAGCGGCCCCCCUCUCUCCAAAGGUAUCCGCCGCACUGGCUGGGGUGCCUCUUGCCAUGGGCCCGAAGACCAAGUCUUUCCCCGCGCCGCCCAAGUCAACGGCUGCGUCUUCGUCCGCUAAACCCGCGUCCACUCAUUCCAAUUAUGGGUCCACGACCUCGUUGCAAAAGCCGGCGAUGGUCCCAGCAUCCCACUCCCUUACCAUUCCCGCUCUCCCUCCUGGCGCGGGACCCGUGCGCGCAUCACCUGUCGUCCGCCCGAUCCCACUCCGCAUCAACACGGCACAUCGCGACGUCGAUGUUGGCCGCGUGUUUGUGCCCUCUGGCCUUCCAGAAGAGCCGCCAGCUUACAACCCCAACUGGGCGGUCGACACGGAUCCAGGCCGUCAGAUGAAGAACUAG